UCUUAUUCUUCCUGUUAUUAUUACCAUUAUUAUUAUUUACACAGGCACAAGAUGUGGCUGUUCAUUGCAGUCCUGUUUCUCGUACAAGCACCCACGAACUCCGAAGACGUCUGCGAGCAGAAAAAGGCUCUGAAUCCCGAGGCUUCCAUGAACGUUAGCCAAAUCAUCUGCCACAGAGGGUACCCCAGUGAGGAGUAUGAAGUCCUGACUCGAGACGGCUACUACAUCCGCCUGAACAGAAUUCCUCAUGGAAGAGAAAAGCCAAGGAACAGAGGGGCCAAGCCAGUGGUGUUUCUCCAGCACGGGAUAUUCGGAGAAGGCAGCCACUGGGUGGAAAAUCUGGCUAACAACAGCCUUGGCUUCAUCCUGGCAGACUCUGGCUAUGACGUCUGGCUGGCAAACAGCCGGGGAACGAGCUGGUCCCGCAGACACGAGCACCUUUCAGCUGACCAGGCUGAAUUCUGGGAUUUCAGCUUUCACGAGAUGGCCAUGUACGACCUCCCGGCCAUGGUGGACUUUGUGCUGCAGAGGACUGGGCAGAAGCAGCUCUACUACGUUGGCUACUCCCAGGGCUGCACCAUCGCGUUCAUUGCGUUCUCAGCCAUGCCCGAACUGGCUGAAAAAAUCAAAAUGUUCUUUGCCCUGGCUCCUGUGGUGACAGCCAAGCACAGCAGAAGUCCCUUCAUGAAAAUAUCCUUCCUUCUGGACAAGAAUCUCAAGAUGAUUUCGCUGCUGCUCGGCAGGACGGAAGCGACCCUGCACGUGAGGAGGGUGUGGAGGUUCCUCCCCCAGCUGUGCAUGCACAGGCUGCUGCACAAACCCUGCGCCAGCCUACUCUUCCUGCUGGGGGGCUUCAACGAGAAGAACCUCAACAUGACACGGCUGGAUGUGUACACAUCCCACUAUCCGGAUGGGACCUCUGUCAAAAACAUAGUUCACUGGGCCCAGGUGGUGAAAUCAGGACAAUUCAGAGCCUUUGACUAUGGCAGCAAAAACACCGCCGUGUACCACCAGGAUACACCACCCUUCUACCAGGUGGAGAAGAUGCUGGUGCCCACGGCGGUGUGGUCGGGAGGGGAGGACUGGGCAGCUGACUGGAGGGAUGUCCGCCUGCUGCUGCCCCGCAUUGCCCACCUCAUCUCCUACACCAACAUCCCCGACUGGUGCCACUGGGACUUUGUCUGGGGCCUGGAUGCCCCCGGGCGCCUCUACAGCAGCAUCCUGGAGCUGAUGGAGGGCUCCCGGUAGAGUGGUGGCUCCCAGGGAGGUGCUGGUGGCCUGGCCCCUCUCCCUCAGCUGGGACAGCCCAAGGACAUGAUGGGACAGUCCCUGCUGGGACAGUCCCUACUGUCCCCUCCUUCCUGCUGGUCUGCCAUGCUUGUGGUGAUGGUGCUUCCCACACAUCCCUUGGUCAUUGGGGUUUGUCCUGCUUGCUUGAGACCUCCUCAAAGACCAGUGGCACCGUGCAGACAGGGCACCACAGGGGUCAGCCGAGGUGUCAGGGUGGGCAGGAUCCACCAAGCCUGCUGGAAGGGCCCCAAGGUGAUGGUGGUGAUCCUGGGACCCUAGCACGACCCCACUGUGGCUGCCCAGGCUGCAGAUUAGAGCACCCAGCCCAUGAGGAGAUGGGAGGGAGCUGGGCCUGCAGAGUCUGGCUGUGAGAGCAGCUCCCAACCAUGGCACAGAAAGGGAGGGAGGGGAUGGAUAAGACCAAACCUUUCUCGACAGCAGUGAGGGGGCCUGGUGCCAGGUCACAGCCCAGGGGGAUUCACGCUGGACCUAGACAGGUCCCCAGGGAAUUGGAAAGUCUCCAUCUGGAGGGGUUUCAGGACUCUGCUGAGACAAGUCAGACAUUUACCUGCACUGUUUGGUGACCAGAGGUCCCCAGGGAUGGCUGUCUGGCUGUCCCUGUGUCAUCAGCACUAACACUCUGGGAAUGCCUGCCCUCCCCUCCCAUCCCUAGGAGCUGAUGACCCCAAAUGCCCUGGGCUGGGGCUGGGUUGCAGGGCCACUGUUCCCCCCAGGAAGCUGCCGCCAGGCUGAUGUUCCAAGGCAGUGCAUGGCCCCAGCCGCACAUUCCUAUCCUGCUGCUUGCUGCAAAACCGGGGCUGGCGAAAAUCCCUCCAAAAUAAAUGCUCGAAGGGGAUUUCAGGAGCCUGCACCACAGCUCUGACACCCCUGGCUCUUCCUUGCAUGUGAACAUUUUCCAGGGGGCUGCCAGGCCAGCAGGAGUGUAGUGGGGUGACCCAGCUGGCAGUGGCACAGUGGGUGCUCUGGGGGUCCCAGCUGGGACCAUUCCGGUACCUCACCACUGCCAGGGGGGCAGGCACCAGGAAUGCUCACUGACAAAAACAACACCAGCCAGCCUUGGGGAUAGAGAGCUUUAUUGUGUCCAUGAGGGUUUGGAAAUCCCAGGUGAGGGGGACCACUGGGGGCAGCUCUGCCCGGAGCUGCUGAGAUGUGUAGGGCCAGGACAGCGGGACGAGCGGCAUAAGGUGGCUACAGGAGCGGGAUGGGGAGAGGAGGAGGGUGGGGAGGUGGUCUCAGGGCUGCCCCCACCGCAGGAAGGGUCCCUUUUCCCACCGCAGCCUUCUCCCACCCUCCAUGGGCACAGGCAGCUGGUUCAUUGCUGCACCGGGACCCACGGGUAUCCAUCCAUCAAUCCCUCCAUCCAUCCCUCCAUCGAUCCAUCAGUCCC